CACUUGUGCGUCUGGGUCCACUACCUCUGUGAAAAGCUUUGACCAGCCUCGCUCAACAGCUAGCUCUCGGAGUUGCAAUCGCGCGGCGAGGGAGCUUUACGGCUGCUUCACUCACCGCCCUUUCAGGCAGGCAGUAGGCUCCUCUCUUAUGUGACGACAACCUAACGUACACGUAGCCACGCUCACAACCGCCUGCUCUGCCUUUACUCGCUCCGUAACUCUGCACCCUCCGCCAUACAAAAACCUGUUUUUCAAUUUCUUCCCCUUGGCGUUAGUACUACAUGCUCUCCGUCAGCGGAAGGAACUUGCCUGCUCGCCUGUUCGUACGAAGCGUCCGGUUCCGAGAUGCGAACAGAAGCGGCGAUCCCGUGCGAGGAUUCGCUGCGACGGGAUUUGGAUGACCGUCCUAGGAGCGAGUAGGAUGAGACGCUUAGACGCGCAGGGGGCAGGCAGUGCUUCGUUGUAACAAAGGGUGUGCUUAGAAACAGCACUGCGUGCUCGCGUGUCAAGAAACAGCUUAGGAACAUAGCUUAGCAAGCACUCGCUUAGCGAGAAAUCCUAUAGUGAGCAAGUCGAGCAGUGCGGGUAGAAGCUUGAUGAGAAGCGCGGUCGCGCUCGCCAUGCGAGUAUGGCCCUUGGCACUACGACUCGGAGUACCCAGAACCUGCCGAUUUAUGGCCCAUUGCUGUAUCAGCAAAUAGAGGAGCCUUCUAUCGAGUACAGUAACGAACCUGCUGAAGCCUCAGGAGUCGUAGCCAUGAAAGACGAUCGCGAUUGCUUGGCGAAGCAGGCGAAAGGGUUACUCCGUGGGGAAUGUUCGCCGUUCAGGUCGCAGAAUGCCGCAUGGUGCCAGCGCCGCCGCUCACUCAGACAUGACGCAGUAGAAAGCGCGCGAUCACCGCAACGCCCGCCGUGCCAUUCGGCGGGAUAUUCGGCUCCAUCCGCGGCUCUGCAGCGGGGAUCGAGGUGGCUGCAUGCACUGGUACCGAGGCGCCUCAAAACGAAGGAGAUCAAGAGUAGACAUUCGACGAGCUGGCUCGAGCGCCUGCUGCGCCUGGUGGUUGUGAUGACGGUAGCAGCAGCAGCAGCGUGUGGGGGGAGGUGUCAUCUGGUGUCGGCUCAACUGGUGCACGAGUCUCAAAUGCCCGCGCUCCACUCAAUCGCCGCCGCGUGGCCCUCUGUUACCACUGCCACGUGGCAGGACGGCUCGGAAUGCUCGAAAUGGAACAGCGUGACGUGCAAUAACGAGGGGCUUGUGAGCACCAUCGACCUGAGCAACCAGGGCUUGGAAGGGCCUCUGCCGACCGCGCUCUUCACUCUCACGACGCUGCAACAGCUAAGGCUCAACGACAACUCGUUAGACGGCUCUCUGCUCGCUGGUAUAGGGAACUUGACCCAACUAACCCUGCUGUCACUGGGCAGGAACGAGUUCUCAGGGCCCAUUCCUCCCUCGCUCUCCAACCUCCAAGCCCUAAAGUACCUCCUUGUGAGCGACAACGAGCUGUCGGAGACGAUUCCUGCAGAGAUAGGCAGCAUCACAACGCUUCAGGCGCUGGACUUGAGCAUGAACCGUCUCUCUGGCGUCCUGCCCUCGCCGCUGCUCCAACUGCCCAACCUUGUCUACUUUGACAUAUCCAAUAACGAGUUCUCCGGUCCCCUCCCUUCUGUCUUCUCCUCCCCCUCCCUCGCCUCUCUCCCCCUCGCCACUUUCAACGUCGAAAAAAACUUUUUUACUGGGUCUGCCCGGGCCGAGGUCACAGCCGGAAAUAUUGCUUUCUGCCCGGAAGAUCAGCAGGGGGGGUUCGCAGCAGCGAAUCUGCUCCCUUAUAGUCCGUCUCAGUACGGUUCAGUGCGAGGAAAUUGCCUUAACCCAAGAGGAGGGGGAGGGUGCGAGGAGGGAGGGAGGCAGCGGAAGCAGGGGGAGUGUUUGGCGUUUUGUGGGGUGAACAGUGCGGAGGGGGUGUGUGGGGGCUAUGGGAGGUGCUUUCUCAAGGGGCCAUCGAGAGUGCCCGUGUGUGUGUGCGAGGAGGGCUACUAUGAGGACAUGGUGGAGUGGAAUGGGGGUAGUUACCCUACCUGCUCGGCGAAUAAGCCUGAGAAUCCGCCCCCUCCCUUCCCACCAGACCCUCCACCAGAUGAGGACGACCCUCUGAAGCAGCGCCACAGGCCCGGGCUGCGCGACAGGGACUUCAAGUCAGUGCGGGCGAUGACCCCGUCGCACUUCAACCGCUUCUUCCGCUACGGCAGCCUGGGCUUCAACGGCUCUGCCGCACAGCCCUCCUGGGCGUACCGGCAGGCCGUGGACUGGAGGGGGCGGGUGCUAGUGCGCGGACGGAACGUCACGGUGGUUCCUGCGGUGAAGGACCAAGGCCUGUGUGCGGCAUGCUGGGCUCUGGUGCCCAUCGCGGCUAUAGAGGCGGCCUAUGCGAUAUCAUUUGGAGCCAACCACCCCAACCUGUCCAGUCAGCAGGUGCUGAGCUGUCAGGGCACGUGGCAGUGCACAGGUGGCAUCCCGGCCGACGCGUUCCAGUUUGUGGCGGCGGUGGGAGGGGUGUCCGUGGAGAAAGCAGUGCCGUACACGGGAGUGGUCAAUGCGAGCGACUGCAAGCUUCUCCCAACGAAAUCGAAGCCUGCAGCCGCUGCUAAACGCACCUCGCCUCAGUCCAAGCCACAACCUGCACCUCCCAAGCGUACCACCAAACCUCCCACCAAGCCUCCAUCUGGGCCUCUCACCGGGCCUGCUUCCAGGCCAUUGAAGCAGCAGAACAAGAAGGCUGCAGCACUGCCCGUCAAGAAGGCGACCUCGGCUUCCAAACCUGCAAAGGCGGUCAAGGGGAUGGUUGGCGGUGCGGGGCCUCAGAAACUUGCUAGACCUACCAAAGCAGGCCAGGCGAAACCACCCAAGAAACAAACAACGGAAGGAAGGCCGCUUUCAAAGCCUGCUGCUGCUGCUGCUGCCAGAGGGCGGCAAGCCUUGGCUCGGGCGGCACCUGAGCGUGCAGUAUCCACGUCAGCAGCGACGUCAGCAGGCAGAGCGGCAGCAUCUUCAGCAGCAGUGACAAGCGAUGAAGACGACAAGCGCAAGAAGCCGUCCCCCUCCUUCCCCUCCAUCGUCUUCCAACUCCUCAAAAAAAUUAGAGGGCCUACCCAGCCCCCCAAACUGCCUCCCACCCCCGCUCCCCCCUCCUCCCCUUCCCCCACCCCCGCCUUCCCACCCCAAGUGCCCUCCAUCCGUCCCCUCUCCGGCCGCUUCUCCAUCUCCAUGUUCGAACAGGUGUCGGUCCCUGGUUGGCUGGGCAUGGUGCUGGCGUUGCAGGCGCAGCCAAUCAUUGCCAACGUGGAGGCGGAUCAACUGUCGUUUAUCAACUACCAGGGGGGCUUCGUGUACGCGGAUCCGGAUUGUUUCUUGAACGGCGUGGUGAACCACAUCGUGCUGCUGGUGGGGUACAGCCUGGAGGGUGUCACGCCCUACUUCCUCCUGCAGAACACCUGGGGAUCCACCUGGGGGGACGGCGGCUUCAUGCAGAUGGCCAUUGAAUCAGGCAGCGGCAUUUGCGGCAUCAAUACGAGUCCAGCGCUGUACCCCGUGGUGGGUGGGUCACACCCGUGCCAGCCCAUCAACCCAUGUGGCAGCGGCAAGUGCAGCAACCGCGGGGGCAAGAGCAAGUGCGCGUGUGCGGCGGGAUUCGCUGCUGCGAGGAACAUCGACGGCUCUGAGACAUGCACUGCGGUCCAUGUGUGCGCCAUGACAGCCGCCAACCCCUGCCAGGUUGGCACGUGUCUCGAUGAUGGAGCGGGCGGCUACAACUGUCUGUGCCCUGCGGGGUUCGUGGCGGACGAGCGGCCCGAUGAAACCCCUGUCUGCGUGCCAGGUGUCACUCCCUCAGAGGUCCACGUGGUGCCAGGGCUGACAUGUGACAUUGUGCGGUCCACGUUCGGCAUUUCAGAGGCCAACUUCACUCAGCUCAACCCGAAGCUCAACUGCUCCAGCCUGGCCAUAGGGGACGACAUCAAUGUCAGCGACGGCACCCUGUGCGCCACUCCCUAUACUGUCACCGCGGAUGACACGUGUGAGAGCAUAGCAGCAGCAUUCAGCAUGACUCGCUCGCAGUUCUUGCAGCUGAAUGACGACCUGCCGUGUGGCCGCCUGCAGGCUGGCCAGCAGGUGUGUGUGGCGCAUGGCACACCAGACAUGCCAGCGUGCCAGGAGUUUCAGACUGUAGCAGAGGGUGACAGCUGCGACACUAUGAUGAGGGCCGCACGCCCACCUCUGAGUGCACAGGAGUUCUACUCGUUGAACCCAGGGAUUAACUGCAAUGCGGGAGAGCAAAUGCUUCUAGGCCAACAGGUGUGUGUGCGAGGUGGGAAGUCGAGUGUGUUGCUCGGAGCUUCUAGAUGUCUGACCAAAUCGGUCUACACGGUUGUGACGGGAGACACAUGUGCGCGUAUCCUUGCUAUGUAUUUCAAAAGCUCCGCACGACUGCUGGCACAGUAUAAUAGUGGUUAUGUGUGCACUAACAGCCGCUUGUACAAGGGCGUAACCUUGUGCAAGGCACCUUGAGACGUUUAAAGCAUAUGUCUCUGCAUGUGUUACUAACAUACAAGGACAGUCGUUGUUGGCAUGCUCUUGAAACAUACUACCAUAUGAUAGCUAUUGCGUGCUUCAUAUGA